AUGCCGAACUUUGAUUGUAAAAAGAAGAAAUUCUCGGCGUCAACAAUGUGUUUUUCUGAUACGGUCCAGCAUGGCACUUUAAAUUCUUCAAAAAACAGUUCCUUUAUGUCUUCACCAAAAACUGAUGAUUAUUACAGCCCCAUCUUACCUGGGCUGCCAGAUGACGUGGCAAAAUACUGCCUUGCUCUUGUUCCUCGGUUUAGCUUCCCUGCCAUGGGUGGUGUUUCAAAGUGCUGGAGGUCUUUCAUCAAAAGCAAAGAAUUGCUCACUGUGAGAAAAUUGGCCGGCCUACUUGAGGAGUGGCUUUAUGUUUUGACUAUGCUUGAUGACGGAAAGGGAAGCCGCUGGGAGGUUAUCGAUCAUUUGGGAGGUAAGCACCAUGUCCUUCCUCCAAUGCCUGGUCCUGUCAAGACUGGGUUUGGCGUGGUAGUUCUCAACGGAAAACUUCUUGUGAUAGCUGGAAAUUCGGUAAUUGAUGGCACGGGAUGUGCCUCGGCGGAUGUUUAUCAAUAUGAUUCCUGCCUCGACAGCUGGAGCAAAUUAGCAGACAUGAAUGUUGCUCGCUACGAUUUUGCUUGUGCUGAAGUUAAUGGCAUGAUUUAUGCAGUUGGGGGAUAUGGGGAGAAUGGAGUCUCUCUCUCGUGUGCUGAAGUAUACAAUCCUGAAACCAACAAGUGGACUGUAAUUGAGAGUAUUCGUCGUCCGCGUUACAACUGUUUUGCCUGUGGAUUUGAGGGGAAACUUUAUGUUUUGGGGGGGAGGUCGAAUUUCACAAUUGGGAACUCAAGGUUUGUUGAUGUGUAUACUCCUGAGAGCCACACUUGGCAUGAAAUGAAAAAUGGUUGUGUGAUGGUGACUGCUCAUGCUGUGCUCGAUGAUAAGCUCUUUUGUAUAGAGUGGAAAAAUCAGAGGAAACUGUCCAUUUUUAACCCAAAAGACAAUUCAUGGAAGAUGGUGCCAAUACCAGUGACUGGUAGCUCAACGAUUGUGUUUCAAUUUGGCAUUCUGGAGGGUAAGCUUCUGUUGUUUGCAGUCGAUGCAGAACCAGGCUACAGAACCCUGCUAUAUGACCCAAUGGCGACCCCUGGUAAAGAAUGGCAGACUUCAAAUAUAAAGCUAUCUGGAUCGUGCUUGUGCAGCGUCACCAUAAAGGCGUAAACUGGUUUAUGCACUGCAACAAGAUGUUCGCCUGUUAUUGCUUAGAAUACUCAUUUCUUCUUCGCUUUCUCUAUCGCUUCUCCUAAUUCAGCUCACAACACAUAUGGCGUCUUCCAAUGUUUGUUGGCUUGUUAUAGAAUUGUUUGCGGCUGUUUGUUAAAUAAUUCAAUUUUAUUUUGAUAUUUAGGAUUUGGUUCUUGAUUUGCUGGUUGAUACAGAGAUUGAGAUCACUCUCUCUGGACUCAACUUGAAAUCUUAAUGUGUGCCUGUGUAACCAUUUCCAUACAUGUUGUAACAUGUCAGAUGUGUAGAUAAAACUAUUCGCCAAAGAUAGCUCAGUGUAGGUGACUUGUGACAUUACUGUGGGGAGAUUUCAAAUUAAACAGACUUGUCAUUCAUGA